AUGGAGAAAUCGAUGUUGAAGGCGGAGCUUUCCAAAGAAAUGUGCACGUCUCCCACCGUGGAGCCCAGCGAUUAUGGGAACGACAAUCUUGGAGAAGACAGCCCUGUGUUUGAAAACUUGUUUGAAUUUUGUCAAAUUUAUGCUGGUGGGACAAUAGAUGCUGCAAGAAGAUUAAACAAUCAGUUAUGUGAUAUUGCUAUAAAUUGGGCUGGUGGUUUACAUCAUGCCAAGAAGUGUGAGGCAUCUAGCUUUUGUUACAUCAAUGACUUGGUUUUGGGAAUCUUGAAGCUUCUGAAUGUAUCCAAAAUCAUCGAUUCUCAAUUUGCAGACCAGGUGGAUAUGUCUGAAGUGCAGGAAACUAAAUUUGAUGCCGAAAUGGCUGCAAUGACCUGUGUUCCAUGGGGUACCCUUGAAAGCGUUGGGGACCAAUCAGGAUAUGUCAAUGGCAUAAAUAUGAUCCUUAGUAGUAGCAUUCCUGUACUUGGGAGCAUUCUUUCACCUAUUUACUUCCAGUUCUUCUCAUACCACUUGCAUCAUCGGUUGGCCCCCAAUUCUACAUGA